AGACGUGUGGGUUCCAGCUGCGCGCUUUCCGUCGACACGUGCGGGUUGUGGACCCGCGGUCACGUAAAACAGGCAGCUUGAAAAGUUGGUCCCGGGCAAGUGACGACUGAUUCUGAUAGGCGCUGGACGAAUCGACCAGUCGAUUAAUCAAUAAUGGAAAUACCCUCACGCUAGUUCUUUAGGAUCCCGUUCCAUAAUAAUUCUUAAAGCUCAGCUGAGUGUGUGUGUGUGUGUUUAUGGGUUUUGUAUGUUUUUCCCCACAUCUGUAACAUAAACGGAUCCUCGGCUAUUUUCAGUGGUAGAAUGUAACAGACUCUAUUUAUUCUACUUCAACACAAUUCAGAGACAGAAAUUUUAGAUCAGGUUUAUUUGGCUUUGCAUUUUAAACGCAUGAGAAAAUAGUUCAUCUGCUCUCAUUUGAAGCGGAGUGAGACCUCUUCGAUGCUUCCGCCAGAGAACCAGGCUUCUGGGACAAAAACGAUCUUUGGUUCAGGAUUCCGUCUCCCGGACUCUCUCCCAAACACAUACUCGACUUAAAAUUGUAAAAUAAAACGCGUGAAGUUUUAUUUAUUCAUUUAUUUAUUUUUAAACUUUUAACAGAACAGUUGAACGUAGUUUUCGUGCGUCAGAAUCUUCUACUCACGCGAAUCGGCGUUUGAUGCAAACGCGGCGCUCUUACGUUCCCGGCGGGCUUGUUUCUGUCCGGUGACUUAUCGCAGACGGACGGAAGCAACAUGGCAGCGGCCGAUGGAGACGCGGCUGCGAAAGCGGGAGACGAAGCGCAAAGCGACGAAGAGGCCAAACUGCAGAUGUUACAAGGUGCAGCGUUUCUGACCACGGUGGCGUCCGCGGGGGUGAUGGCAGGAUUCGGCUCCACGUUAGCGCUCGCCAAGAAAAAAAGCCCGGAUUGGUUUAAUAAGGGAGUUGCUUCAACGGCAGCGGUCCAAGAGAGCGGCGCGUCUCUGGCCCUCAGAGCUCUGGGGUGGGGGUCUCUGUUCGCCUGGUCUGGAGUCGGUCUGCUCAGUUUCACCGUGUGGAAAGUCCUCGGCGUUCACAGCUUGGCAGAGUUCAGACAGAAGAUGCGGUCCGUCUUCCCGUCCAUCCCAAAGUCCGCCGAGGCCACGGCUGGAUCUGAACCUCUGGACUGGGACACCGUCUUCAAGUCAAAGUGACGUCCUCCUGCUGCCGGAGGACGAAUCGAACAGUCGAGACUCGGCAGCUGUUUGCGCUGGUUUCUCUGGAAGCGGCAGGGUCCGGAGACUCCGCUGGACCAGUUCGGUCCCGGUCCCGGUCGAGCUCGAACGGCUCUGAGUUUAGAGGGUCCUGGUCUACAAGCUGGGUUUGAAUUUUCGUGUCAGUUAAAGGAAAGUUCCUGUUUAUUUUAAGCCGCCGUGUCCAAAACGUCCCACUGACGGUCUCAGCUGAGCCAGUGGUAAAAACCCACCACUGUUUGGACAAGGAGCGAUAAGAACAAGAUCAUCCAGAAACAAACGGGAAAGUUUCACUAAUAAAGUUGAAAUCUCUGAUUCCAGCUUUGUGUCUAUUAAAGGAAAAUUCCGGUUCAUUAACUCCAACCCGCCUGGCGGUGUGUUCAAAGACGCUCCGACACAGGAGGUUCCUUGAAAUGACUAAAUUCCCAUGGACCUUUUCGCAGCCUUCCUCUUGAAUGUUUUUCUGUCUUCUGGGUUGGACUGGGCCAGAAUUCUUGAACUGACACCAAUCGGGACCGAUCGAUCCGAUUGAUGGUUUGGAAACUGAUCAGCGGGUGUAUUCAAUACAGGGCAGAAGGCUCGCAUGCUCGUCGAAGCUUAAAACGUGUUAUUUUCUACUGGUUUUCAGAUGUAAAAAGGCCUGGUUGUAAAUCUCUAUAAACAUGUUUGUUCUGUGUCCGAA